AUGGACACCAGCACUAAUUAUGAUUAAUAUGCUUAAAAGGCAUACUCUGCAAAUGUAUUUAAAGUGGAUGAAUCUGAAUUUAUUAUAGAAAAGAGAUACAAGCCAACAUAAUAGCUUGGAAGUGGUGCAUAUGGUGUGGUGAUUGGCUGCGAAGAUACAAAAGCAGCUAGUUCAGAAUAAAAAAUGGUGGCAAUAAAAAAGAUUGAAAGGACAUUCGAACAUCGGUUUUAUGCUAAAAGAACAUUACGAGAGUUAAAGAUCUUGAGAAACCUAAGGCAUGAAAAUAUAGUCAAUCUAAUCACCCUUCAAUUACCAAAAUCAAGAAAACACUUUUACGAUAUUUAUUGUGUUACAGAAUUAUUGGAUACUGACUUAAAACGGGUAAUUGAUAAAGAACAUGCUAAAUUGAAUUAAGAUCACUUUAAAUUGUUUUUGUAUCAAAUUCUCAGGGCCUUAAAAUACAUGCAUUCAGCCAAUAUAUUGCACCGAGAUCUUAAACCAACAAAUCUGUUACUAAAUAAAUAAGAUUGCAUGCUCAAAGUCUGCGAUUUUGGAUUGUCAAGAGCACUGUUAUAGACAACAAAAACAUAAUAACAAAACCCAAAUAUCAUGACAGAUUAUGUUGAAACCAGAUAUUACAGAGCUCCAGAAUUAUUGUUAGGACUUAAAACCUACACUUAGGCAGUGGAUAUAUGGAGUGUUGGAUGCAUAUUUGCAGAAAUAGUAAGAGGCAAAACAUUAUGGAGAGGAUAAAAUUCUAAGCAACAAAUUAAAAUGAUUUUUGAAACCGUAGGAACUCCUUCAAAAACUAAGAUUAUGCAAGUAUAAGAUACCUUCGUCUCAUCUAAACUUAUUGAAUUAGUAUCAGAAUUAGGUACUCUCGAAAAGGUUCCUUGGGAUAAAGUUGUUAAGGGAUUACCACCUGAAGGAUAUGACCUUCUUGAGAAAUUAUUAGAAAUUGAUUACAAGAAAAGAAUCACAGCUGCUGAAGCCUUAAAGCAUCCUUACUUAAAGGAAUUGCAUAAUCCAAACGAUGAGCCAACAAGAUCUCCAGUAUCCAAUAUGGAGUUUGAAUUUGAAAUGUAUGAGUUUACUAAUGAGUAACUCAAAGAUAUGAUUUACGAGGAAAUUCUUUUGUACCAUUUUCCUGAUUUUAAGAAGUAAUAUGAAGACAAGAUUGUCAAUAAUUAAAGUGUCAUAAGUCAUAUUAUGAAGGGGGAGAGUGCCAAAAUAAUUGAUCCUGAAGCAGAUGAUGAUUAUCCCAUUUGA